UGACAUGACGCUCGCCAACAUUUUCUCCCAAAUGGGAGCCACGCCCAAACAAUUGAUAGACAGGUACACGGAGUAUCCCUCGGGUUUGCACGAGCAACACGUGUACUACGAAGCCCCGUCUCAUGGACACGUUACUCAUAAGCAUCAUCACAGUAAAGGAGGUCACAAAAGUAACGCUGCGCUGUCGGCCCUUACGCUGCUAGCGUUUCUCUUCUUCCUGCACAUCUUACAACAGUGUCUUAAGGACCACAUGACAGCGAUGAGCACACCCCAAGUCAUGAUCAUGACAAGCAGCAGAGAAGGGGAGGAUAUUGGGAAAACACCCAAUAAACUCGACAAAAGUGGAUCCACCGACAUCAAACGGAAAUCAGCGGAUAAAGAAAACAAAAUUGACGUUGAAACAACGACGAGUGUGGACGAAGAUAAGUUUCUUACGAAACUAACUGUCGCUGAAUAUACGCCAAAAUCUGGCGCCGAUAGAUACAGAGAAGUUUUAGAUAUAUACAAACAAAGCCCAAAAGGGGCCGAAAUAAAAAAGUAUACAAGAAAUUGA